AUGAAUUUGGCCAGAAGGUCGGUUGGCAAGAGGUGGGGGCUGAAACUGGCGAUAACCAAAUGGGUCUAUACGUCGAUAGUAAGACCCAUCAUAACAUAUGCAGCUUGCAUAUGGUGGGAAAAAACGGAGCAAAAGGGAGCUCGGAAUAAGCUGGACUCGCUGCAAAGACUGGCAUGCUUGUACACGACAGGAGCAGUGAGAACAACUCCAACAGCGGCAAUGGAGGUGAUGCUAGGCCUGCCACCCCUGCACCUAGCAGUGAAGGGGGAGGCAGUAGCAGGAGCCUUUAGGCUGAAAACCAACAGCUUCGAUGGCAAACUGCGGCCAAGACACCAGUCACUCUGUGAGAGUCCAAGCUUCCCUCCGGCUUUACACAUGGUCUCUGAUCAAAUGAAAACAACGUACAACUUCGACAUUCCAUACAGGCUCCGCAUCAGCGAAGGCGAGGGGAACCAGAAAAUGGUAGACGAUGCCCUGGCUGCCUCGGAAGUUAGCUACUUCACUGACGGAUCUAAGUCAGGAGAUAAGACAGGAGCAGCGGCGUACGGAAACAAAAACUGCAAACUGAAGGCGAGUCUCGGCAGGAGCACCACGGUGAACCAGGCGGAGCUAUACGCCAUAAUGAUGGCAGCGAAUAACGCUAUAGACAAAGGCUGGAGAGACAAAAGGAUCACUUUUUUCUCGGACAGCCAAGCAACUCUAAAAGCGGUAUCAAACUUCAAGGUCAAUUCAAAAUUGACCAUGGAGGGCAUACAGAGGCUCACAAGACUGGCCAACGACAACCACGUCACAUUGGUGUGGGUUCGUGGGCACACAGGUGUGAGGGGGAACGAAACUGCUGACCGCUUAGCUAAGGAGGCAUCAGAGGAAAACUACAUCGGACCAGAACCAGUGUUUGGACUGACNAGCUGA